AUGGAUUCGUCGAUUGGAUACAAGCCCGCAUUUGAUGCGGCCAAUACUAGCGUCUCAGAAACCCCGCCAAAGCUGGGGUGCAUCAUUCCAUAGACACCGCACCACAAAGAUGCCCUUUCCUUUCGCGCUACCGACAACAUCCAGCAUAUCUUUUACCGAUUACUUCAGCAGCAGCACACAUCCUUCACUCCCGAACUGUGCAACGACAGCACGAGGCGUAGUUCGCGAUGUCCUCAAACGCCACAAGCGCAUACCUCCAUCCUCACAAGCUUCAAACCUCGCGACCGUCCUUUCCGCACUCAACGACUACAUUCCAUACCUGUUCGCACUCGAUGCUGGACUGAGUGGUGCAGCUUGCGCCGGGGAGGAAAUCGACCUGGUCCUGGUCAAAGAGUUGGAGGUUGAAUGGCGCUCAACCCUCAGCACUUCGAUACCAGGUCGCGAACCAGCACGCAUAAAGCUCAAAAGCCUUGAGAGCGAGCUCUGCUUCGUACUUUCAACUCUAGCAUAUGUCUACAGUCUGCAAGCCCGAGCGCAGCUACACACUCUAUACAAUGCCACGCUUCCAAGCCCUGAGCAGCGCGCAAUCGCGAUUGGAGCUGCUAUGAAGCUCUUCCUCGAUGCAAACUCAGUCCACACAUAUCUGGUCAACAGAUCAGGGCAAUGGCAUUCUCAGCCUGCUGCGAUCGAUAUCUCAGCAUCUGUUAUGGGCGCGUUAGCUGAGCUUACUAUGGCUGAGGCUACGCUGAUUACGGUGCUUAAGGAUGACCCGUACCCGGCUGUUGUGAUAGAAGACAGGAAUAAGGACAGCAAAGAUUGGAUGUUUAGAGGUGUCGAGAUACCUAAAGUUCGCGCGCAUCUCUUCGCCCGAUUGUGUCUUGCCUCCUCAGAGCAUGCGGCCAAAGCUCAAGCUAUGCUCGGUCAGUCUUCCAAAGUCAGCGACGAUCUGAUCAAGUACGUCGACGAUCUGCGCAGGACUGCGAAGGGCAAGGCAUGCCGUUUCUUAGCCUGUGAUUCCGAGGCUGGUGGUAAAACUGGUGAGGGAAUUGCCUGGUUACGUGGUGCUAAAAAGGAACUGGGUUUUACGUCGCUGGGUGCAGAUCAGCAGAAGAAAUCCUUCGGUUUCUCAAAGCUCAAGAAGGAUUUCCAAGAGAAGAAAGAAGACCGCAAGAUCGAGAAGGGUGAGGGAUGGGGCACUGAUGCCGGCAAAUUCGAGGAAGGCCGAAUUGUGGACAUGCUUCUGAAGAAAUGGGAGAAGCAGAACGAUACGGUCGGUAUUCAGCUCGUUCCGCCUUCGGAGCCGCUGCUAGCAAGCAUGCCAUCUGGCCGAGAAUACCACUCAGCGAAGAUGUGGAUUGUGCCAGCGCUCGACGAAGUCUCGCUUGUCCGCAUGAGGGCACCACCAGACCCAAGUGACGCAUUUGAGGGCGAGGAGGAAGACAGCACAGACGAAGAUCAGAGGACAGCUCCGGGAGCCUUCCAUGCCCAUUCUGCUAGUACCAGUUACUACUGAGCAGCAAGUUGUCUUCCAAAUUGUAAUGCUCAAGCACAUGGCUGACUAGGCGCUGUCUUUUGGUCAUAGCAUCGAUUUUUACAUUUCCUGCUGGGUUGGAGGCUGUUCGUGUCUAUGGACGCGGGGGCAAAGAUACUACCCCACAAUGUUUUGACGCCCUUCACGCUGCCAAUCCAGGUCAGAGUAAACUGACACAACGUUUGAGACGCGCCUUACGUUGUCGUGCAGCGAAUGGAUAUCGCCAACUCUAAGCCACGGGUAGGAUCGUCGCAGAAGACCCAGCCCUUUCCGCUUUGAGCAGGUCCAGCCGUGCGGAAUGAGUUGAUGCUUAGCUUGUAGAUACCGGCGGG